UGAUCAUUGAGAGUUCACGGUCCCGUUUAAGAGUUUGAUUUUCAACUAAAAUGGUCAUUCCCACGCGCUUGUGUUGAUCUGUCAGCUUGCACACAGACUGCCUACGAUUGUGAGCAGGAGGCCUAUUUUUAGUGUUUUGGUGUGGGGACGCGCUGACCCAAGCUGACACUCGCACAUUCGGACAAAACUGACCACUUCACCUGCAGGAAAUUAACGAUAACUCAUUAAAAUGAGCGUACAGGCACAGAGCUGGAGACAGUGAGGGGCACAGAGCCAUGUGUCAGUCUGAUGCUCCCGACCCCACAGAGGGUCUGUCCAGCCCCGAUCCUCUGGUGAGAGAAGCCCACCUGAUGGCCCAUGACUACAUAGACUAUGUUACCUCCGGGGGGGCAGACAGCACCAUGGGACCUGCCCCCACAAAAUGCACAGCAGCUUUACGUCAUGCGGGGGACGAACUUCUCAUAAGAUUCCCCAUUUUCUUCCGACGCUGGCCCCGGGUUUUCAAAGACGUCAAAGAGGAGACAGCCAUCCCCACGCUGAUGAGUAUCCUGGACCAGCAUUUUUUCCCCCCUACACCGGGGGGGAGGCGGAGGGAUCUGGCUUGGAGCGCGGUGCUGUCCGUGUAUGUUUUGGCAGGGCAGAUGGCGCAGCACUGCCAUGAGAGUGGGAUGGAGCGUGUCCUUCCACAGCUGAAGGCCAGCGUGGGGGCCUACGUGGAGAGGGUCAUCUGCCCGGAGAUACGAGACAAAGGAGGAUGGGAUGGUUUCGUGAGUCGAUUUGGGAAGAAGCCGGGUCUGGAGAGCAGGUUGAAGGCGGUGUGCUGCUGGACCCUGUUAGCAUUAGCCGUUAGCAUCCUCACAUAUUUCUUAUGGAAACGACUGGCAAGACCGACACCUAGCGGACAUAUGUAGUAUAGCACUUUAAUUUAGCAGUUUCAUGCUUAAGUUUGUUUUAUUUCUUUGAGGUUUCAGUGUGAGCAAGUUCAU